AUGCUUCCCUCAUUCCAUGGCAAUGGUAAAGACACGGAUUAUCAGGUAACGCUCUCAAAAUUCACUGAAUCUGCGCUGCUGGCAAGGGGCACCAUCUACACCAAUGCCGUAUCGGAUAAGGUGUUCAUCUCCGAUCUGCUCAAUUACAUGCGCGACAACUAUUGUGUGAACAAUUCUAGGAUUUACGCCUCGGGAAAGUCGAUCGGUGGAGGGUUGGUCGACGAGCUUGCCUGUUCUCCUGGCCAUGGCGGGGAUUUCGCGGCUUUGGCCAUGGAUGCUGCGGCGAUAUACACUGAAACUGAUGGCUGCGGCUGUAGACCAGCCCGCUCGCCCAUACCCAUCCUCGAGCUACACGGUACCAAUGAUAACACGGUCAACUACAACGGCGAUACCUCGCACGGGGCACCGCUUCCAGCAUCCGCACGUACUCAGAACGUAGGCGACUCGCAAUAG